AUGGGUCUGUGCUACAGUCUGCGGCCGCUGCUCUUCGGGGAUCCGGAGGACGUCUCCCGCGCCGCCUCGGAAGACCCUGCGGAGGACGCGUGGCCCGGCCCGGCCCCGGGCCCGACCCCCGCCCGAGCCCCGGCGGCGGUGGGGGGAGACGCGGCCCCGACCCCUCUCCCUCGGGGCGCCGGAGGGAGCCCGGCGUGCGCGCGGCCCAAAGCCGCCCCGAAGAAGGAGCGGCGGCGGGGUCCGGAGCAGCUGCGAGCGGAGGAGCGCGAGGCGGAGCGCGAGGCCGAGCGCGAGGCAAGGAAGGUCAGCAGGAGCAUCGACCGCAUGCUCCGCGAGCAGAAGCGCGACCUGCAGCAGACGCACCGGCUCUUGCUGCUCGGGGCUGGUGAGUCUGGGAAGAGCACUAUCGUCAAACAAAUGAGGAUCCUGCAUGUCAAUGGAUUUAAUCCUGAGGAAAAGAAACAGAAAAUUCUGGACAUCCGGAAAAAUGUUAAAGAUGCUAUUGUGACAAUUGUUUCAGCGAUGAGUACUAUCAUACCUCCAGUUCCACUGGCCAACCCAGAAAACCAAUUUCGAUCAGACUAUAUCAAGAGUAUAGCUCCUAUCACCGACUUUGAAUAUUCCCAGGAAUUCUUCGAUCAUGUGAAGAAGCUCUGGGAUGAUGAAGGCGUGAAGGCGUGCUUUGAGAGGUCCAACGAGUACCAGCUGAUUGACUGCGCACAAUACUUCCUGGAGAGAAUUGACAGUGUCAGUUUGGUGGACUACACACCCACAGACCAGGAUCUUCUCAGAUGCAGGGUCCUGACAUCAGGGAUUUUCGAGACCCGAUUCCAAGUGGACAAAGUAAACUUUCACAUGUUUGACGUCGGCGGCCAGAGGGACGAGAGAAGAAAAUGGAUCCAGUGCUUUAAUGACGUCACGGCUAUCAUUUAUGUCGCCGCCUGCAGCAGCUACAACAUGGUGAUUCGGGAGGAUAACAACACCAACAGGCUCAGAGAGUCCCUGGACCUCUUCGAAAGCAUCUGGAACAACAGGUGGUUACGGACCAUUUCUAUCAUCUUGUUCUUGAACAAACAGGAUAUGCUGGCAGAAAAAGUCUUGGCAGGGAAAUCAAAAAUUGAAGAUUAUUUCCCAGAGUAUGCAAAUUAUACUGUUCCUGAAGAUGCAACACCAGAUGCAGGAGAAGAUCCCAAAGUGACGCGGGCUAAGUUCUUUAUCCGAGACCUGUUUUUGAGGAUCAGCACAGCGACAGGGGACGGCAAACAUUACUGCUACCCACACUUCACCUGUGCCGUGGACACCGAGAACAUUCGCAGGGUGUUCAACGACUGCCGUGACAUCAUCCAGAGGAUGCACCUCAAACAGUACGAACUCUUGUGA